UCCAGCUGUUUACAGCGAUGCGAAGGCGUUAAUAGGCGCGCGGAAGUCAUACGAGUAACAGCGUGGCAUAUAAGCAACAUGAGACAAUCGAUCAGCGUCGUGUUUGCACUUCUGUGCGUCUUGUGUUAUUCUGCGUCUUGUCUCGCCGUCAAGUUCACGGAUUGUGGUUCAACAUUAGGCAAGUUUACAGAAGUAUCGGUCUCGGGAUGUCAAGCGUUGGAUGAUAAAUGUAUUUUGGUGCGCGGCACUAACGCGUCAAUAUCUUUUAAGUUCACACCGAACAAGGACAUCCCGCAAGUUAAUGUACGUGUAUAUGGCAUACUGAUGCUUGAUAUACCAAUACCUUUUCCUUUUGAUAAACCUGAUGUAUGCAAGGAUCCUAACGAUGGAGUCAAUUGUCCUUUGCACAAGGAUCAAGAGUAUAAUUACACAACCUCAUUAUUUGUGCAGAAAAAAUUCCCUUCGGUGAACGUGCAAAUUAAGUGGGAGCUCGUGGACGAGGAUGACAAGAAUAUAGUAUGCAUUGAGUUUCCUGCCAAAGUUAAGUAAUUCAAAAAACUUAUAAUUUCAAAUUAAAAAAUUGAAGAAGUUAUUUUACUAAAAAUGAGUUUGUGCCAAUUUCAAAAUAAAAAAUACUUUGAUAUAAAAUAUUGUUUAAAUUUAAAUAUUAUGUGUUAAAAUAUAUCUGUAAAGAAAAUAAAUGAUAACAAAAUGAAAAGGACUUAAAAAAAUAUUAUUUAUAUAAAUACAUGUAUGUAUUUUACAAAUGUCAA